CGUGUGACUCCAUCUUUCCUUGUUGCCAUAGCAACUCAAACUCCAGCAGGCAGAAAGAUGGCAAGCGAAAACAUUUCGGACUUUUACGCUGCUGAGUGCGAAGAACAUCAGAUACAAAUUAAUACACAUGUUUUACAAGUUUUACAGAAGGCUAGCAUAACGCGGAAUGUCACCUUAAAACUGUCAGGAAGCGACCGCCUGAGACACAUUCAAAGACUUGAUGACAAAGAUGUUUUUGCUCUGUCAAAAUGUCUGCGAUACAACAAAUGUGUGACAGGUCUUGAUUUCAGGUACAAUAAUAUAACAGAUGAAGGUGUACGUCACUUAGCAGACCUCUUAUUGGAGGACAGCUCAAAUCUGAAAUCUCUCGACCUUAUGUUCAAUGACAUCCAGACAGACGGAGCUGAAGUUCUCACCAAGAGCCUGCAGUGUAACAGCACCCUGCUCUCUCUCGGCCUGUCAGGUAAUAAGAUUGGAAACAGAGGAGCGAUGCACCUGGCCAGCAUGCUGCAGGUAAACAACAGCCUGAAGAAGCUGGAGCUGGCUGACUGCGACCUGGCCACUCAGAGUGUGAUAGCGUUUGCCAUCGUGUUGAAAAGCAACAAGUCUCUUAUUUCUCUGGAUAUCACCCGGCCGCUGCUCUUCAGCCAUCAGGAGGAAUGGGCGGUGCACUUCUCCGAGAUGCUGGCGGUGAACAGCAGUCUGGUGGAGCUCCACCUGGGGAAGAUGGGGAUGACGGACGCAGGGAUGGAGAGGCUUACUGAAGGCUUGAGGCUCAACCAUAACCUGCGCUACCUGGACCUGCGCUGUAAUCGUGUGACUCGUGACGGCGUACGUCAUCUAGCCAAGAUGCUGAAACUGAAUCCGACCCUUGAGAUCAUAGAUCUAUCAUACAAUCGGAUUGAAGAUGAAGGAGCUUCACACCUUAGUGAGGCCAUCGCUCAACGAAGCUGCGUCCUGAGAGAGUUGUCUGUCACCAGUAACAACAUCGGGACAGAGGGUCUCCUGUCUCUGGCUCAGGCUAUGAUGGUAAACACAACUCUGAACCACAUCUACAUCUGGGGAAACCACCUUGAGGAACCUGUCUGCCAGGCGUUCAGAGAGCUCAUCUCCACAGGCCGUCUGCCUCCAGACCAGACUGAUGUGAGCGCGUACCAGGUGGACAGUCGAGUGUUUCUCGCAGAGGUGUGCAACAGUUUGAGGAGAACCUAUGAGACGGACACAUCCCUAACCUCCAACACUGAACUGGACCUCUCAACAGAAAACACCAUCAGUCCUGAGUCCACCUUAACACCUCCCCUUGAGGCUCUCGUUCCCCUGCAGCAUUAAGAAACUCAACAACUUAAUUUAAAAAAAAAAGACUAUUAUUCAUACACGUCACAAGAGCAAAACAACACAAAGCCAAAAUAAAUAAAGCUCAUAAAAACCUGUGUUGAUAA